AUGCCAAGCAGCAAUACCUCACAGUCUUCUGAGACUGUGCAUCAUCAUCAAACCACCACCACCAAUAUAGAAAAAGGAUCAUCCAUUCAUUCAUCGACCCUAGACAACAACAACAACGAUACAACAUCCGUACAUCAACUAUCGAACAAUGGAAAAAAGAAAAAGGUCAAGCAACCGACGAUCCCAAUGCAUAAGCUUUUUCGAUUUGCUACGCCACUCGAUCGAUUCAUGAUUGCCAUUGCUUGUAUUUGCUCCAUUAUUGUCGGCUUUCUUCAACCAUGCAGUAUUGCUUUCUUUGGUGCAUUCGUCAAGCAAGUGAUGGAUUCGCUGGAUGAAGGAAAAAGUGUUAGUGACGCCACCCAGCCCAUUGUGCUUGUGUUUGUGUACUUGGGUACCAUCAUCCUUGUAUUGGCUUACAUUGCAAACAGCCUUUGGGUCAUUACCGGUGAAAAUCAAACUCGACGCAUUCGUACCGAAUUUGUGCAUGCUGUAAUGCGUCAAGAUAUGGGUUGGUAUGACCAAGCUACCGAAGGCUCGCUCACCACACGUCUCGCCACCGAUGCUCAGCUGAUCCAAGAAGGCAUCUCUGAAAAAUUCGGUUCUAUGAUUCGUGCAUUGUCCGCAUUCGUGUUAGGCUUUGUAAUCGCCUUUGUCAUGGGAUGGAACUUAGCUGUGAUUGUAUUGGCAUUGUUACCAUUGCUUGCUGGCUCGGGCGGUGCAAUGGGUUACUUUGUAUCAAAGAGUACUCAAAAUGCACAAGAUGCUUAUGCUGAAGCUGGUCAUUGUGCUGAACAAACCUUCAAUGGCAUUCGAACCGUAUACUCGUUCUCGCUGCAGGAACGCUUUUCACGCAUCUACCAAGAAAAACUUGUUAAAGCUCGUGAAGCAGGUGUACGACGUGGCUACAUUCUUGGUGCUGGUGUUGGUGGCUUCUUGUUUGUCCUCUUUGGCAUGUACGCCAUCUGCUUUUGGUAUGGUGGCCAACUUGUUAUUCGUGAUGAGCUUGAAGGCUGGAGGGUUCUUGUCAGCUACUUUUGUAUGCUCCUUGGUGCCAUGUCCUUAUUACAACUUCCUGUUCAACUCUCUGCCAUCUCAACAGCUUGUGGUGCUGCUCACAAGAUCUUUUCAACCAUUGAUCGUAUUCCCGAUAUUGAUCCUGAUUCUCAAGAUGGUCUACAACCUGAAAAGGUUGUUGGAGAAAUACAAUUCCGCCAUGUCAAAUUUGCGUAUCCUACUCGGCCAGAUAUCCCUGUGCUUAAGGAUUUCGAUUUGACAAUCAAGCCCGGCAUGUCAGUGGCCUUUGUGGGUCCCUCAGGUUCUGGAAAAUCCACUUCGAUUCAAUUGCUUCAACGAUUUUACGAUCCACUUGCAGGCGAGAUCCUUUUGGAUGGCAACAACAUUAAAGAUCUCAACCUUUCAUGGCUCCGAAAGCAAAUUGGUGUUGUCAGCCAAGAGCCAGUGCUCUUCAAUAUGACCAUUCGCCAAAAUUUAUUGCUCGGUGUGCAUCACGAGGUGUCCGACAAGGAUAUUGUUAGUGCCUGUCAAAAAGCCAACUGCCAUUCCUUCAUCACUAAUCUUCCGGACGGCUACAACACAGUGGUUGGUGAACAUGGCGGUAUGCUUUCUGGUGGCCAAAAGCAACGUGUGGCUAUUGCACGUGCCAUUCUCAAGAAUCCUAGCAUUUUGUUGCUUGACGAGGCAACAUCCGCCCUUGAUACGCAAUCAGAACGACUCGUACAACAUGCUCUUGACGCUGCUGCUGCAGAUCGCACCACUUUUGUAAUCGCUCACAGACUCUCUACCAUCCGUAACUGUGAUCUCAUCUGUGUGAUGCAUCAAGGUGACCUUGUGGAAAAGGGCACUCACCAAGAAUUAUUGGAACGUAAUGGUGUAUACGCUGAGCUAGUACGAAAGCAAGAAAUUGCCACCAAGCAAGUAGGCUCCACUGAACAGGAAGAUGAAGAAGAGCUGUUGCGUAAAGAGAACGCCGAGCUUCUUAAGCAAAUCAAUAAGCAAAAUCAAGUCGAUCAAGAAAAACGUCAAUCAUUGGAUCUUGUACGCAUUGGCACCGCCACAUCCAUUGAUGCUUACGAGCUCAAGUUGCAACGUGAAAAGCAAGAAAUGAAGGCACGUAAAAAGAUGAACGCUCCUAUUGGCAAGAUCCUACGUCAAAUGCGUAGUGAAUGGCCCAUGAUGUUUGUUGGAUGCCUUGGAGCUGUGUUAUCCGGUGCCGUUUUUCCAGCAUUUGCAUACACGAUCGCAAGGGCUAUUGGGUCUUUGGUAGCAAAACCAGAAGAUGUUGCUCCAGGACCUCUUGAAGGAGCUAAUUUGUGGGCCUUUUUAUUCAUGAUCUACGCCAUUGUUGCUCUUAUUGGUUUCUCGGCAAAGAUGGGUUGCUUCGAAGUGGCUGGUGAACGAUACACUGAACGAUUACGUGCAAUGGUAUUUAGAGCUUUCCUCAAGCAAGAGAUCGGAUACUAUGAUGAAGAUGACCAUAGCGUUGGUGCAUUGACAACAAGACUCGCCCUUGAUUCUAAAAAUGUCAACGAGUUGGUCACCAAGGUUGCUGGAGACGUAGUUGAGAUCAUCGCUACAGCAAUUACUGGUCUGGUGAUUGCAUUUGUAUAUGAUUGGCGUAUCACAUUGAUUACAUUGGCAUUUUCUCCUUUCAUCAUGGGUGCCAGUUUUUAUGAAUCCAAGAUUCAACGUGGUUUUGAGGAUGAAACAGCUAAAGCACACGAGUACAGUGGUGAGGUUGCUGGUGAAGCCAUCAAGGAAAUCCGUACAGUAGCUGCUCUUGGAAAACAAGGCUAUUUUGAAUCCAAGUAUCGACGUGCCACCAAUCGUCCCCAUCGUCUUGCCAAGCGUAAAGCAUACUUAUCAUCCAUUGGCUAUGCUCUUAAUCAAGGUGUCAUUCUCUACGUGGGCGCUGCUGCAUUUUACGCAGGCAUGAAAUUCAUUGAGCAAAGGUUGAUUGACUUUGAUGAUCUCUUUGUGAGUUUGCUCAGUGUCAUGAUUACGGUACAUGGUAUUGGUCGUGCAAGUGUUUUCGCUUCAACCUAUGGCAAGGCCAAGAACUCAGCCAUUGCCACAUUCGAAAUCCUUGAACGUCAAUCCAAAAUUGAUCCUGAUCUUGAAGGCAUUGAAACCGAUACCAGCAAGAUUGCAGGUGACCUCUCCUUUGAAAACAUCACCUUCCGUUAUCCAGCACGUCCUGAUAUCCCUAUCUUUGAUGGUGACUUUAAUCUCGAGGGCAAAGCCGGCCAAACCAUUGCCUUGGUGGGUCCUUCAGGCUGUGGUAAAUCAACAGCCAUUGGUAUGCUUCAACGUUGGUAUGAUCCUGUUGAUGGUGUCGUACGACUCGAUGAGCACAAUACCAAGAACUUUAGCCUUCAUAACCUUCGAUCCCACAUGUCUUUGGUUGGCCAAGAGCCUGUGCUAUUCGAUAUGACUAUCGGCGAAAACAUUCGAUUUGGUGUGGAUGAAGGCAAACAAGUUACACAACAAGAAGUCGAGGAUGCAGCACGUGCUGCCAACAUUCAUAAGUUUAUUAUCGAUCUUCCGGAUGGCUAUGACACGCGUGUCGGUGAUAAAGGAUCCCAAUUGUCGGGUGGUCAAAAACAACGCAUUGCCAUUGCUCGUGCAUUGAUCCGAAAACCAAAGGUGUUGUUGCUCGAUGAAGCUACCUCUGCACUUGAUAGUGAAUCCGAAAAACUGGUUCAACAAGCCAUUGAUAACAUCAUCAGCGAAGGUGGUCGCACGACUUUGACAAUUGCUCAUAGAUUGAGUACCAUACAAGGCAGUGAUUUGAUCUGUGUUGUCAAGAAUGGUCGCAUUGUUGAGAAGGGCACUCAUUGGGAAUUGCUCAAACUUGAUGCUGAGUAUGCUGCGCUGGUACGCCAACAAUCGCUUAAUGCUGAUCACUAG